AUGUUUGACCGCACCACCGACUACCAAUCGCCUCUUGCACGCCAUAUUCUGAGUUCACUCCCGAUGGUGGAGGAGGUCACCAUCGGAUCGAGUUUCGUUACCGUGAAGCGAGUCGAGCAAUCGAACGCGAAGGCCGCCGCUCGGUACUUCGCGAUGCAAUUUAACGGAACCAUGGCUGGGAGUGCCUCCGACGACGACAACAGCUACACCGAAGCGGUCGCGAGGAGAUCGCAGGAACUGCAGAACGUCGUCCAGGAGGCCAUGAGGGAGGAUGAGGGGGGGGUACCAGGAGAACAAAUGAGCACUCAGGGGGUUUCCUUGGAUGAAAAAAAUGCCGCCGUCGAUACGAAAGCCCCUGAGGCUGCAGAGAACUCCUCCCAAGGUGACUCAGAGAGGGAGGUGGCGUCUGUAGCCAACCCCAUGCCACCGGAGCCAGGGGAGGCCGCCGCGAGCCCUGAUGAUUCCUUCGAGCUCGGCGGUUUUAAAAUCUCCUCCGCGCCGACCGAGGAUAUCCAGCUGGAUGAACAGGCGAUUCAGUCCCUCAUCGAGGCUUCCUCUUGGUCCGAACUGAAGCUUCACGUCAGUGCGCUCAUCACGGACCACCUUUAUAGCGGGCAGCCCCACGUCUCCCCGGAUGCACCGCAUCCAUAUAUUGAUACCCUCCCACAGGAAGGCGAUUCGGAGGUGGUGCUGAUGAUUAAAGAGUUGAUCGAUACGAACAUCCGCCCGCAGCUUCAAAAAGAUGGGGGUGAUAUCCGAUUUAUCCGCUUCAAUCCGGAGACGGGGCUCAUGGUGGUGGAGCUGCUUGGGGCGUGUAGGACUUGCAAAAGUGGGCCUACCACACUAGUCGAUCUGAUAGAACGCACCACAUUUCAUUGGAUACCAGAGGUGAAAGGGGUUUUAGAGAUCGGUAAGAAACCCUCGGGCUUCGAAAAAUUUGCCGACGCGGUAGAAGAAGGCAAUGAAAAUGCACAAGAUGCAGGGGUGCCAAUAGAGCUAGAUCAGGUAAAAGUGCCUGUGUUGCGAAGGCGAACCUCCUCGAAAACUACUGAGGUAUCACAUGUGGAUAAAGCUAGUGAAUUUGCAUCAACCAAUGCGGAAGAGAGCAAAGUGGCCGUAUGA